AUGGAUUCACUGCAGUCGGCGGUGAAGAGCGUUUUGCUUUUUUCCCCUCGCACGGUAAAAAAUUAUGGUGAUAUUUCGGCUCCUCGUUCUAGUGGCCGCGAAGGCGAACUCGUAUAUAUGGCGGAGGUGGCGGAACUGCUCAUCACGGAGUUAAUUAAUGUACUUUCUCGUGGCCUAUGCGAAGGAAUUGAUCUGUGGUCUGUUCUCGAGACUCUUAGGGUCGUGUGCGGCAAGAUUGCGCGACACGAAAGUUCAAAAAGUCCACUGAGAAAGGCGAUGUAUCGUCUAAAGUUCUCUGGACAACUCGUGUAUGUUGUGAAGUCUUCCUUCAUGCAAAGCGCUGCAGAUGUGCGUGUGCGAGCACUGCUGCGUUUAAUGCUCAAUCAGGGAGUGCUUUUGGCAGCGCUAGAACUCAUUGGACGGUGGAAUGCAGCGGAAUUAACUGCAUUCUAUGCGGAGCGGGGUGCGAGUAUUUUGUGUGAUAUGGAAGGGAAGUUGUGGGAUGCGUUCCUCCGCAUUUGUACUCCCAUUGGUGGUGUGACCUUGACACAAAUUGUAGCCGGAGUGUCAGGAACGGCUGCUACUGUGAAGUUUGACUUGAUGUUAGUUCCCCCGUGCGCGGAUAACACCCGCCGUAAUGCAAAUGGACCGAUGCAUGGGAACAGUGGCGAAGCAAUUAAAUGGUUAGACAACCGGCACGACACAACUACUGGCCAUAUCACUCCUUUAUUUGGUGGUUGUAAGUCAACAGUGGGGACUGCGGAACGGAGAAGUGACUCACAUGGCGUUUAUGGGAGGGAAAUGAGAGGGGGAAACAACAGCGGUGAGGCGGUUGAUGUGGGCGAUUAUUGCAAAAGUGAUGGGACCAUCGCGGAAGUACGAACGAAUGCCACAACUAAUUUUACCGGUUCCAAUUUAGAGCGCGCUAAAAUGCUACUUGAUGAGGCGGAGGUAAUUCUCUUCAGGAAAUGGCGCCAACUUGUGUCGGUCAUGGCCGAACAGGAGGCGCUUCUCUUUGAGGCGGUCGACGGGGUGUAG